AUGCAGCCCACGGGCCUCGAGGGUCCCCACGCGUCCUGCCGGCGGCCACUGCUGCGUUUGCUGUUGCUGCUACUACCGCUGCUAACCCGCGCCCAAAGCUUGCCCGGACCUCCUGGUGCCCCCAACGCCACAACUACGCAUGGAGCCUCCAGUGCGCUGGGCCUGCGCGAGCGUGCGCAAGCUCUGAUGCGGAACUUUCCGCUUGUGGACGGCCACAAUGACCUGCCUAUGCUCCUGAGACAACUUUACCAGAACAUACUACAGGAUGUCAACCUACACAAUUUCAGCCAAGGCCAGACCAGCCUGGACAGGCUUAGAGAUGGCCUCGUGGGGGCACAGUUCUGGUCAGUCAAUGUCCCAUGCGAGACCCAGGACCAAGAUGCUGUGCGCCUCAGCCUGGAGCAGAUUGACCUCAUCCGCCGCAUGUGUGCCUCCUACUCUGAGCUGGAGCUUGUGACCUCGGCUGAAGGUCUGAACAGCACUCAAAAGCUGGCCUGCCUCAUCGGUGUGGAGGGUGGCCACUCAGUGGACAGCAGCCUCUCUGUGUUGCGCAGUUUCUACGUGCUGGGAGUGCGCUACCUGACGCUCACCCACACCUGCAGCACACCCUGGGCAGAGAGUUCCAGCAAGUUCAGACACCCCUUCUACACCAACGUCAGCGGGUUGACAAGUUUUGGUGAGAAAAUGGUGGGAGAAAUGAACCGGUUAGGCAUGAUGAUAGACUUGUCCUAUGCGUCGGACACCUUGGUGAAGCGAGUCCUGGAGGUAUCUGGAGCUCCUGUGAUCUUCUCCCACUCGGCUGCCAGGACUGUGUGCGACAAUUUGCUGAAUGUUCCUGAUGAUAUCCUGCAACUUCUGAAGAAGAAUGGUGGCAUUGUGAUGGUGACUUUCUCCUUCGGGGUGCUGCAGUGUAACCUGUUUGCUAAUGUGUCCACUGUGGCAGAUCACUUCGACCACAUCAGAUCAGUCAUUGGAUCGGAGUUCAUAGGGAUUGGCGGAAAUUAUGAUGGGUCAGGCCGGUUCCCCCAGGGACUGGAGGAUGUGUCCAAAUACCCAGUGCUGAUAGAGGAGUUGCUGAAGCGGGGCUGGAGAGAGGAAGAGCUCCAAGGUGUGCUUCGUGGAAACCUGCUGCGGGUCUUCAGCCGAGUGGAACAGGUGAGAGAGGAAAGAAGAGGGCAGAACCCUGUGGAGGCUGAGCUUCCAGACAGGCGUCCAGUCAGGCCCUGCCACUCCCACCUCCUGCCUCAGCCUCAGAAUGAACCCUUGGGUACCCACCUGGAGGUGACCAAAUGGCCAUCCGGGCAGGUGCUCCAGAGCCCCUCAAAAGCCUCCCCACACCUCUUCCCAGGCCUUGUGGCUGCUACCAUCCUCCCAGUUCUUAUCCUGUGGCUCUUGUGA